UUUCUGACUUCACUUCUCCCUCUUGGACCCUUCAGGUGCCACUCCCGGGAGAGCCAGAUAGCCAUGGUGUGUCAGGAGGAGGUCUCUCAGGCCGAGCCCUAUGACGUGCGGAUGAGCGAAGACACCGAGUACUGCAGCGAGCCCAGCCUGAUCUCCACAGAGAUGUUCUCCUAUCAGGACGAUGAAAAUCGGCAAUUAACACCACCUGAGGAGGACAAGAGAGGCGUCCAGCAAUCUCCAAAGAGGGGUUUCCUCCGCUCUGCCUCACUAGGUCGAAGGGCCUCCUUCCACCUGGAAUGUCUGAAACGACAGAAGAAUCAAGGGGGAGACGUCUCUCAGAAGACAGUUCUGCCCUUGCAUCUGGUUCAUCAUCAGGCAUUGGCAGUGGCUGGCCUGAGCCCCCUCCUGCAGAGAAGCCAUUCCCCCAGCACGUCCCCCAGGCCGUGCGCCACCCCCCCAGCCACACCGGGCAGCCAAGGCUGGCCCCCACAGCCGAUCCCCACCCUGAGGCUGGAGGGCGCCGAGUCCAGUGAGAAACUCAACAGCAGCUUCCCGUCCAUCCACUGCAGCUCCUGGUCAGGGGAGCCCACGCCCUGCGCUGGGGGCAGCAGCGCCAUCCGGAGAGCCCGGCCGGUGUCCCUCACUGUGCCCAGCCAGGCUGGGGCCCGGGGCAGGCAGUUCCACGGCAGUGCCAGCAGUCUGGUGGAAGCGGUCUUGAUUUCAGAAGGACUGGGGCAGUUUGCUCAAGAUCCCAAGUUUAUCGAGGUCACAACCCAGGAGCUGGCUGAUGCCUGUGACAUGACCAUAGAGGAGAUGGAGAACGCCGCUGACAACAUCCUCAGUGGGGGCACCCAGCAGAGCCCCAACGGCACCCUACUACCUUUUGUUAACUGCAGGGACCCGGGGCAGGACAGAGUGGGGGGCCAAGAGGGCGAGAGCUGCACCACGGCUCGGGCGUGUCGGAGGAGCGAGGAGGAGCGCCAGGACAGCAGAGCCCACGCCGGCAGCCUGUAGUCGCUAGGGCUGGGGAGACGCUGGGUUUUUUAUUUGUUUCAAUGUUCCUAAUGGGUUCGUUUCAGAAGUGCCUCACUGUUCUCGUGACCUGGAGUUAACCGGAACAGCGUCUUCAUUCAUUUCGUUGGGACAAGACGCAGAGUUGGGUGGUGUGCAGAAUCCGUUUUCCGGGGGGAAGGAAGGCAGCAACCCCAGUUUGUGUUGUGUCCACAGAGGUAGAGUGGUGAGGAGGAGUAGAAGAAUCAGGGAGGGAGAGCAAGAGAAGAGAUGCCUGCCCUCACCUCCGGGCAUGAAAGAGAACCUCAGCUUCCUGCGGUAGCCCUCACCAAAAGGACCCUAUGUCAAACGGGUGUCUUUCAACUUUGCUUGUAAAAAAAAAAAAAAUCAUUUUGCACAUAUUCUGUAUGAGCCUCACUGUCUCCAUAGAGCCGGGGCCCUGUGGAUUUGCAGAAGGAAGCAGGGGUGUGACUGCAGCGAGGACCCAGCCCCGUCCCAGAGAGGGACGAGGUGCAGCCCGAGGCAGCAGGAGCUCGGGAGCAGAAGGGAGCGGAGGGCGAGGGCUGUGUGCGGCCCCCAAGGCCCAGGCUCCCCGCCGCGCCCCGCCCGUCUGCAUCAGGACCAGCGUCCCUGCACGGGCCCACCGAGCUCCAGCCCAGCGGCUGGGCCUGCAUCGGGGCGACGGGGCGCUGGCACCGCCUGCCAGGGAAGGGGCAGCCGGCCCUUGACAAGACGAGGUGGUGCUGAGCUUCUUGUUGAGCGCUCUUUUGUUUUAGGGUUUGACAUUUUUCUUGAUAGCAUGUUGCAGUUUUCGGGGGUUUUUUUGGUUUCUGUUUUAUUUUAAUUUUGUUUUCCCAGGGGGAGGGGAGGAAGAAGUGUUUACAAAGCUUUGUACACCCACCUUACUGUUUUCACUUUUGCAAAUGUAAAUCGGGUUUGGUUUUACUGUAUUAUUUAAACGGUUGUGGUUUUCUUUUUCUAUGGUAGGUUCAAUAGAGCCGCCGUAGGCAAGUUUUACCAGCCAUUGUGUAUGCGCAAUAAUUUGUUAUAAUUUCCGUAGGUAGUAACAAAAAUUUUUUUGGUUUGGUUUUAUAAUUUAAAGGUAAUGCACUUGAUACGGUCUUGCACAUAUGGGUUAUUGAGUUGGGUUCUUUUUAAUGCGAGGUGUAUUUGUGGGUGCCAGAGAAAGGAAGAUUGGAUGAGCGAGUCUCUGCGAGUAUGUGUGUGUUCUCUGUGUGUGUGUGUGUGUGUGUGUGUGUGUGUGUGUGUGUGGUGGGCUGUCUGGGCACCUGUCGUCCAUGUGUAUGUACACCCACACAGUGCGCCCGUGCGUGAAUGAGUGUGUAGCUCCCCCUUUCUGGUCUAACUGUGGGGAGAUCCGAAUCUGGGGCCAUUUGAAAGCAAAAACAAACCACUGUCUCUGCUUCUGAAAUGGGAAUCAGUAACUCUUUGCAUUUCCUGUCCCACAAGAUAUGCAAAAACAAUGCAAUAAUACUCAUUUUAAAAAUAUAAUUGUGAGUUGUGUUGGCAUUAAAACUGUAUUAAAAAAAAACGCAGAGAAAUUUAAGGGAAAAACUCAAGAAGGCGUUUUGCUUCGAUAUAUUCCGUGUAAUGUUUUAUUGCAUUGAUAAUGUUUCUGUUGAAGAAACUGUUAUACUUGAAUUCAGGUCAGUUUCAGUAUUUUACAAAUAUUUUUUUAAAACUGAAUUGCAAUUGUGCCAAGCGAAUAUAAUGAAUUGAAUUAAGUUUGUUUUUGAAUUCCCUUCUUGUAUAUUUUGCUGCAUGUAAGUAAAUCAUUUUGUAUUUGGAGUGUGACAAGCUUUACCCUUGAACUCUGAAGUGCUUUUCUAUAUGUGGUUGGGGAAAGGGAACGAAUAUUCUUUUAAUUUGUACAAUGAGCAAAGGUAUCACCAGUGUAAAUCAUUAUUCUGCGAUCCACCAACAGGUUUGGACUUUACUGUUUUGCA